GAAGCCGGGAGCUGUAUGCAUUGCUUUCCUGAGGUACAAAAACUGCUCUGUAUGUGUCCAGUGGAUUUCCAUGGGAUUUUCCAGUUAGAUGAACGUCGCAGAGAUGCUGUUAUUGCUUUAGGAAUCUUUCUAAUUGAAUCUGACCUUCAGCACAAAGAUAAUGUGGUUCCUUACCUCCUCCGACUUCUGAAGGGUCUUCCCAAAGUCCAAUGGAUAGAAGAAAGCAAUGCACGGAAAGGCAGAGGCUUGCUUCCAGUGGCAGAAAACUUCAGCUUCUGCUUGGUGACGUUGUUAUCAGACGUUGCUUACAGGGAUGCAUCUCUCAGAGAGCAGAUUUUGGAUGCAAUUCUACAAGUAAUGCAGUUCCUGUUGGGAAUGUGCCAGACCCCACAAAUGCAUGAUAAAGAAUAUUUGUGUAAAUACGCAGUACCCUGCCUGAUAGGAAUUUCUCGAGCCUUUGGUCGCUACAGCAAUUCAGAGGAGGCUCUCCUUUCAAAGCUUUUUCCCAAAAUUCCCCCUCAUUCCCUGAGAGUUCCAGAAGAGCUUGAAGGAAUUCGCCGACGAUCCUUUAAUGAUUUCAGAUCAAUUCUUCCCAGUUCUCUACUCACUGUUUGCCAGGAAGGAACACUAAAGAGAAAGGCUAGCAGUGUGUCUAGCAUCUCACAGGUUAGUCCUGAACGUGCAGUUCCCCCUCCCAGCUCUCCUGGAGGAUCUGCAAUUCAUUACUUUGAAGGUUCAUAUCUUCCUGAUGGGAGCGCACUGGAUCCAGAUUAUUACUUCUCUACAAUCAGCUCCAGCUUUUCAGUUUCUCCUCUCUUCAAUGGCAUUAACAAUAAAGAGUUUAACAUCCCACUGGAAAUGCUCCGUCAGCUGUUGAACAUGGUAAAACAGAUUGUUGGGGAUUCUCUGCUAAAGACCUUAGAUGCAGUUGUAGCUGAAGUUGCAGAGACGGGUGCCAAUACAGAUCUCUAUUACAAAACAUUCAGUGACCCCCUCUAUCUUGCUCAGUUUAAGAUGCUGAGAGACACAUUAUACUAUAUGAAAGACCUUCCCAACUCAUUUGUGAAGGAAAUCCAUGACUUUGUGCUAGAGCAAUUCAACAGCAGUCAGUCAGAACUUCAGAAAAUCCUUCAUGAUGUGGAUCGACUGCACAAUGAACUGAGUCCUUUAAAACUGCGUUGUCAGGCUAAUGCUGCCUGUGUGGAUCUGAUGGUGUGGGCUGUGAAAGACGAGCAAGGUGCAGAAAACCUGUGCAUCAAGUUAUCAGAGAAGCUGCAGUCGAAAACCUCAAGCAAAGUCAUCAUUGCUCACUUGCCGCUGCUCAUUUGCUGUUUGCAGGGUCUAGGUCGUUUGUGUGAGAGGUUCCCUGUUGUGGUUCAUUCUGUCAAUCCAUCCUUGAGAGACUUUCUUGUGAUACCUUCCCCAGUGCUUGUGAAACUUUACAAGUAUCAUAGCCAGUAUCACACAGUAGGUGGUAAUGAUAUCAAGAUUAGUGUAACCAACGAGCAUUCAGAGUCCACUCUAAACGUAAUGCCUGGCAAGAAAAGUCAACCGUCCAUGUAUGAGCAGCUGCGUGACAUUGCCAUAGAAAACAUCUGCAGAUGUUUGAAAGCUGGCUUGACUAUAGAUUCGGUGAUUGUUGAGGCCUUUCUUGCCAGUUUAUCCAACCGUCUGUACAUCUCUCAAGAGAGCGAUAAGGAAGCUCAUUUGAUUCCUGACCACACAAUUCGUGCUCUAGGGCACAUUGCAGUGGCACUGAGGGACACCCCAAAAAUGAUGGAACCCAUCCUACAGAUCUUACAGCAGAAGUUUUGCCAGCCACCAUCUCAUCUUGAUGUACUCAUCAUUGAUCAGCUGGGCUGCUUGGUCAUCACUGGAAAUCAAUAUAUUUACCAGGAGGUGUGGAAUCUGUUUCAGCAAAUCAGUGUUAAAGCAAGCUCAGUUGUUUACUCUGCCACGAAAGACUAUAAGGAUCAUGGGUACAGACACUGUUCCUUAGCAGUCAUUAAUGCCCUAGCUAACAUUGCUGCUAACAUUCAAGGAGAACACCUUGUGGAUGAGCUACUGAUGAACUUGCUGGAAUUGUUUGUUCAGCUUGGGCUAGAAGGAAAGAGAGCUAGUGAGAGAGCAAGUGAAAAAGGACCGGCCCUGAAGGCCUCCAGUAGCGCAGGAAAUCUGGGCGUGCUUAUUCCUGUUAUUGCUGUGCUCACUAGACGCUUGCCACCCAUCAAGGAGGCCAAGCCCAGGUUGCAAAAGCUGUUCCGUGACUUCUGGUUGUAUUCAGUGCUGAUGGGAUUUGCUGUGGAAGGAUCAGGUCUCUGGCCAGAAGAAUGGUAUGAAGGUGUUUGUGAAAUUGCCACCAAGUCUCCGUUACUCACGUUUCCCAGCAAAGAACCACUUCGAUCUGUUCUUCAGUACAAUUCUGCCAUGAAGAAUGAUACCGUGACUUCUGCUGAAUUAAAUGAAUUGCGGAGUACCAUAAUAAAUCUCUUGGAUCCUCCUCCAGAAGUGUCGGCGUUGAUCAAUAAGUUGGAUUUUGCCAUGUCUACCUAUCUCCUUUCUGUUUACCGCCUAGAGUAUAUGAGGGUGUUGCGUUCAACUGACCAAGAUCGCUUCCAAGUUAUGUUUUGCUAUUUUGAGGAUAAAGCAAUUCAAAAAGACAAAUCUGGCAUGAUGCAGUGUGUGAUAGCUGUUGCUGAUAAGGUGUUUGAAGCUUUCCUGACAAUGAUGGCUGAUAAACCUAAAACUAAGGAGAAUGAAGAAGAGCUGGAGAGACAUGCUCAGUUCUUGCUGGUGAAUUUUAACCACAUUCACAAGAGGAUCAGGAGAGUUGCAGACAAAUACUUAUCUGGUCUGGUAGACAAAUUUCCUCACUUGCUGUGGAGUGGAACUGUGCUGAAGACUAUGCUAGAUAUUCUGCAGACACUGUCACUGUCUCUUAGUGCAGACAUUCACAAGGACCAACCAUAUUAUGACAUUCCUGAUGCUCCGUAUAGAAUAACUGUCCCUGACACACAUGAAGCCAGAGAGAGUAUAGUCAAGGAUUUUGCUGCGCGUUGUGGGAUGAUUCUGCAAGAAGCAAUGAAAUGGGCUCCCUCAGUUACCAAAUCUCAUCUCCAGGAGUACCUAAACAAACAUCAGAACUGGGUAUCGGGUUUGUCCCAGCACACAGGACUGGCCAUGGCUACAGAAAGUGUUUUGCACUUUGCAGGGUACAACAGACAGAACACUACUCUGGGCGCAACCCAGCUAACUGAAAGACCAACGUGUGUGAAGAAGGACUACUCCAACUUCAUGGCUUCACUUAACUUGCGCAACCGCUAUGCAGGAGAAGUUUCUGGAAUGAUUCAGUUCUCAAAUGCUACAGGACGAUCAUCUGACCUGAAUAAAUUGAUGGUCAAAGAGCUGAAUGAUGCUCUUGAAUUGGGCCACACUGAAUUCUACACCCAGGCCAUGUUUAAGUUGACUGCACUGCUAAUAAGCAGCAAAGACUGUGAUCCCCAGCUCCUUCAUCAUCUGUGUUGGGGACCCCUGCGAAUGUUCAAUGAACAUGGCAUGGAAACAGCAAUUGCUUGCUGGGAGUGGCUGCUUGCUGCCAAGAAUGGAAUAGAAGUACCGUUCAUGCGGGAAAUGGCAGGAGCCUGGCAAAUGACAGUGGAGCAGAAAGUUGGCCUGUUUUCUGCUGAGCAGAAAGAAGCAGAUCCUUUAGCAGCCUCAGAAGAAAGCCAGCCAAGGCCUUGUCCGCCAGAGGUGACUCCACAUUACAUCUGGAUAGAGUUUUUGGUGCAGAGAUUUGAAAUAGCCAAGUACUGCAGUUCUGACCAAAUAGAGAUCUUCUCCAGCCUGCUCCAGCGGUCUCUUUCAUUGAACAUUGGAGGGGCAAAAGGCAGUUUGAAUAGACAUGUGGCAGCAAUUGGACCCCGAUUUAAGUUACUGACUCUGGGGUUGUCUUUGCUGCAUGCUGAUGUGGUUCCAAAUGCAACUGUUCGAAACGUUUUGAGAGAAAAGAUUUAUUCAACUGCCUUUGAUUAUUUCAGGUACUUUUUUACUUGCAACUGCUCACUGAAAGUGUGUGUGUCAGUCAUUCACAAGUUUUGGACAGCGAUGUUCUCAGACAAGAAGUAUCUGACAGCCAGCCAACUCGUGCCGCCUGAUAAUCAAGACACCCGGAGCAACCUGGAUAUCAACGUUGGAUCUCGGCAACAGGCUACACAAGGGUGGAUAAACACUUACCCUUUGUCCAGUGGCAUGUCAACCAUAUCUAAAAAAUCAGGAAUGUCUAAGAAGACUAACAGAGGUACGCAGCUACACAAGUACUACAUGAAGCGAAGAACAUUACUGCUUUCGUUGCUGGCUACUGAGAUUGAACGCUUAAUCACAUGGUACAAUCCGCUGUCUUCCCCUGAGCUAGAGUUGGAUCAAACUGGAGAGAGCAGUGUAGCAAACUGGAGGUCUAAGUAUAUCAGUCUUAGUGAGAAGCAAUGGAAGGAUAAUGUAAAUCUGGCUUGGAGCAUUUCUCCUCAUCUUGCUGUACAGCUGCCUACCAGAUUUAAGAACACUGAAGCUAUUGGAACAGAAGUGACCCGUCUGGUCCGGUUGGACCCAGGAGCUGUUAGUGAUGUUCCUGAAGCAAUAAAGUACCUGGUUACCUGGCAUACAAUUGAUGCUGAUGCACCUGAGCUCAGCCACGUUCUGUGCUGGGCACCAACAGAUCCACCAACUGGCCUCUCCUAUUUUUCAAGCAUGUAUCCACCUCACCCUCUAACGGCUCAGUAUGGGGUUAAAGUCCUGCGAUCUUUUCCUCCGGAUGCCAUUUUAUUCUACAUUCCACAGAUUGUGCAGGCACUUCGAUAUGACAAGAUGGGUUACGUUAGAGAAUACAUCCUGUGGGCAGCUGCCAAAUCCCAGCUCUUGGCUCACCAAUUCAUCUGGAACAUGAAAACUAAUAUCUACCUGGAUGAAGAAGGACACCAAAAAGACCCUGACAUUGGGGAGCUUCUGGAGCAGCUAGUAGAGGAGAUAACUGGCUCGUUAUCUGGCCCAGCCAAGGAGUUCUACCAACGGGAAUUUGAUUUCUUUAAUAAAAUCACCAAUGUUUCAGCCAUUAUCAAGCCAUUCCCUAAAGGAGAUGAAAGAAAGAAAGCUUGUUUGAGUGCUCUAUCUGAGGUGAAAGUGCAGCCUGGCUGUUACUUGCCCAGCAAUCCUGAAGCUAUUGUUCUGGACAUUGAUUACAAAUCAGGAACUCCUAUGCAGAGUGCAGCAAAAGCGCCCUACCUGGCCAAAUUUAAAGUGAAACGAUGUGGAGUUAGUGAGCUUGAAAAAGAAGGUCUGCGUUGUCGUUCUGAUUCCAUAGAUGAAAGUGCAGAAGAAGGGGUGGACAGUAAGAAAAUCUGUUGGCAGGCAGCUAUCUUUAAAGUGGGCGACGACUGCAGACAGGACAUGUUAGCUUUACAAAUCAUCGAUCUCUUCAAGAACAUAUUUCAGCUGGUAGGCCUGGAUCUCUUUGUGUUUCCAUACAGAGUGGUGGCCACAGCUCCUGGGUGCGGUGUUAUUGAAUGCAUUCCUGACUGCACAUCCCGUGACCAGCUGGGCAGGCAGACAGACUUUGGGAUGUAUGAUUACUUUACAAGGCAAUAUGGAGAUGAGUCUACCCUUGCAUUCCAGAAGGCUCGCUAUAAUUUCAUCCGCAGUAUGGCUGCGUAUAGUCUUCUCCUGUUUCUGCUCCAGAUUAAAGACAGACAUAAUGGCAACAUCAUGCUGGACAAAAAGGGACACAUCAUUCAUAUUGAUUUUGGAUUCAUGUUUGAAAGCUCACCUGGUGGAAAUCUGGGCUGGGAGCCUGACAUUAAGCUGACUGAUGAGAUGGUGAUGAUAAUGGGAGGAAAAAUGGAGGCAACUCCGUUCAAAUGGUUCAUGGAGAUGUGUGUCAGAGGCUAUCUGGCCGUCAGGCCCUAUAUGGAUGCUGUCGUCUCUCUGGUUACACUGAUGUUGGAUACAGGGCUGCCCUGUUUCCGAGGGCAGACAAUCAAGCUGUUGAAACACAGGUUCAGCCCCAACAUGACUGAACGGGAGGCUGCAACUUUCAUCAUCAAGAUCAUCCAAAAUUGUUUCCUCAGCAACAGGAGUAGGACUUACGACAUGAUCCAGUACUACCAGAAUGACAUCCCAUACUGAGAGACACUAGAGAUUCCCCACUGAAGUGAAACGUGCAACCCUGUGCCCUCACUCCAAACCUGUAAUAAAUAGGAGAUGCUCAAUCACACCUCGCUAUCUUUCAUCUUUUGUGUGUGUGUACAUGUGGGUACAUGUUCCCUGGACAUUGCAACAAUCAGAUUCAUUCCUUUCUCUUUAUCAGGUUCUAUAUAUUUCUGUUUUCCCUGGAUUUUUGGAGUUGGGCUGCAAUCACAAAUAAGAAUUGUACUACAAUUAUGAAUGUGUGAAACAGGUCAAGCUUGUGGAGUUCGAUAAUUUUUCAUGCAAUGCAAGGAUUUAUAUAAUACCUUUAAAAAGUUAAAAAAAAAAAAAAAAAAGCUCUGCUUUCCUGCACAAUCCCACAAAAUGCCAUGGAAGGGAAGGUUAUGGCUUUCUCUUUGGAAGCAGAAAUGUUGACUUGUUCUAAUUUUACUGUAGAAAAAAGCCUGAUCGUCAUCCAAGGUGGUGAUGUCUGUGUAGCUGUGUUCAUACUUUGCACUGUACAUGGUCCCUGCUAUGUGGUCAGUAUUUCCUAUGUACAUGAAGAAUGUAUUUUUUCCUUUUGUGUGUUUUAAAAAAGAGACUCUACUGAAGAUAUAUUU